AUGGCGCCCGUUGUUACGGGGAAGUUUGGUGAGCGACCACAGCCUCAGCGCCUGACAAGGGAGGCUAUGAGGAAUUACUUGAAGGGAAAGGAUGAUCAAACAGUUCUCAUACUACAUGCAAAGGUUGCGCAGAAGUCAUAUGGAAAUGAAAAAAGGUUUUUCUGCCCUCCACCAUGCGUGUAUCUGAUGGGCAGUGGCUGGAAGAAGAAGUUGGAGAAUAUGGAGAAGGAGGGCUGCACAGAGCAGGAGGCCCAGCCAUGUGCAUUCAUCGGCAUAGGCAGCAGUGAGCAGGAGAUGCAGCAGCUCAAUCUGGAGGGGAAGCACUUCUGCACCGCUAAGACGCUGUAUAUCAGUGACUCAGAUAAAAGGAAGCACUUCAUGCUGUCUGUGAAGAUGUUGUACGGGAAUAGUGCCAACAUAGGAGUCUUCCUCAGCAAGAGGAUCAAGGUCAUCUCCAAGCCCUCCAAGAAGAAGCAGUCUUUGAAAAACGCAGAUUUGUGUAUAGCGUCAGGGACUAAGGUGGCGCUGUUUAACCGCCUGCGUUCCCAGACGGUUAGCACCAGGUAUCUUCAUGUAGAGGGGGGAAACUUUCUUGCCAGCUCACAACAGUGGGGAGCAUUCUACAUCCACCUUUUGGAUGAUGAGGAGUCUGAAGGGGAGGAGUUUGCUGUGAGAGAUGGCUAUAUUCACUACGGCCAGACGGUUAAAUUGGUCUGUUCUGUCACUGGCAUGGCCCUGCCUAGACUGGUCAUUCGCAAAGUGGACAAACAGACUGCCUCAUUGGAUGCAGAUGACCCAGUGUCCCAGCUUCACAAGUGCUGCUUCUACUUGAAAGAUACAGACAGAAUGUAUCUCUGUCUCUCACAGGAGAGGAUCAUCCAGUUCCAGGCCCCAGCGUGCUCCAAAGAGACUAACAAGGAGAUUAUUAACGACGGGGCUUCCUGGACUAUCAUCAGCACCGACAAGGCAGAAUACACCUUUUAUGAGGGAAUGGGCCCCGUCCCCACACCGGUUACACCUGUCCCCGUGGUGGAAAGCCUGCAGUUAAAUGGUGGAGGAGAUGUGGCAAUGUUGGAGCUGACGGGACAGAACUUCACCCCUAACCUCAGAGUGUGGUUUGGAGAUGUGGAGGCUGACACCAUGUACAGAUGUGGAGAGAGCGUCCUCUGCGUGGUGCCAGACAUUUCUGCCUUCAGGGAGGGCUGGCGCUGGGUUAGGCAGCCGGUUCAGGUCCCCGUCACACUGGUCCGCAACGAUGGAAUCAUCUACGCCACCGCCCUCACAUUCACUUACACCCCUGAACCAGGGCCCAGGCCCCACUGCAGCGCUGCUGGGGCAAUUCUGCGCUCACAUAGCACCUCUUCCUCAUCACCAGCAUCUUCAUCCUCACCAUCCUCCUCAUUGGGUGGCCUCACAGACGGCCAUGGGGCUUAUGGCAGCAGUGACUCAGGCAUGUCGUCAGGGGCAUCAAACAUGUCGGUGCUGUCGUAGUAAUACUUAUUCUGUGCGUGCGUGUGCGUGCGUCCAUGUGUGUGUGUACUUUGUGUGUCAUUUGUAUGUGUGUUAUGGAAGACUGAGUGAGACAGUGUGUGCAUGUACUUUCCAAAGAGGAUCAUGGACCUGUGAGUAAAUGCAAACACACCGCAGGCUCAGAAAGCCUUCGUCAAACAUCAACUGUGAUCAUCAGGAAAGCUGAAGAGAUUUGGGGAUAAGACUUUGGUUGAAGAGAAUGCCUCUCUUUAGCUCCCUCUUGUGGUGUGUUGUGGACAUGAUAAAAGCCCCACUAAAGAGGACCUUGAUAGCCACGGACAUUCACAUAAAGAAGAUGAAACUAAUGCUCACAACAGCCUUUGUACAAGAACAUUUUUGUUUUUAUAUGCCUGUGGGUUUGGAAGCUGUUUUCACCAUGUUCUUUCUCUCUACAGACAUUGUGUUUUCACUGAACUUGUUGAUUUAUACGUUGUGUGCAAGGGAAACCUGUGUUGUAAGAGUAACAUAGUUUUUACGGACCAAGGAAUAUUAUUAUAUUAUUUUAUUCAUAUAAUAUUUUAUAAGCUUUUGCCGAGGUACAUUUUUUUGUAUGAUUCUACAUAGUAAGCUCACUUUUGUUACCAAAUAGAAUUUGUCAUGUUGACACCUAUUUGAGUUUUGCCUCAUUUGGCUGUUCAAAGUGGACAUUUCUUGUAGUGCGUCUCUUAAUGGUCUGACUGCAGCUCCUCUGCUUGUCUCCUCUUUCUUUAAUAUUCACUGGUGUUUUUUGGGACUUGGUCACCAAAUUAAGGGCUCCAGACCAGCUUUCACACUGGUUGCACUGGUGCACCUAACUGUUUAAUUUAGGUAUACUAGCACAUCCUUUUGGUGCACCCAGUUAUACAUUUUAAUCUAAGUAGUGGACAAAGUAGUCAACAGUUCGGGUCAGAUGUGCAAAAUUGAAGCAUCAUGUUAUUGGCCUGUCAAAUCUGAAGAAAUGGUCAUUUUGAGCUGAUGCCAAUAUUUUAUUUUGAAAGCUUUUCACUGCCAUUGCUGAUGAAUGUGCCAACAUUAUUGUGCAUCAUAUUAUCAGUCAUUUGGAAAUUGGAAAUUUUAGCUCUCCUCCAUGAAAAAGAAACUUUCAAGCUAAGGUGUGUAGGAGAGUCGUCACUAGGCAAUUAAAACGUGCAAAUCUACCUGCAGUCACUGGGCUUGACUGCCUUAAAUCCUCUAGGUCACUGGAUUUAAUUGAUAAGUCCCAAAAUACUUUUUAUAUCAAAGAUGUCAAUUCGGAUGCGAGCAGUGUAUGUGUGUGAUGAUAUGUAAUACACUAUCAAUGUAUUCUGGGAGAUGAAGGCCUUUGUUUUCUAACCAGUGUUCUGUUUAUUGUAUCAAGGUGCACUUUUAAAUAUACUCGGUCCCUCUGUUGCCUUUGCUGUGCACACAGCAGCGAUGCUUAUUUCACUGAAGCCUUUGAACAAAGUCACUGUACGAAGUUGAUGUAAAUUAAGUCAAGUGAAACAUGCCUUCUGACAGCAAAUAGAGUUCAUUUUAAUACAACC